CUUAUUCAAUCGUCCAAAGAAAAAGAACGAAGAAGUCAGCCGUUGAGUGGAAUUUGAAACUGGAUAUGCACAGCCCAGCUGCCAGCUGCUCGCAAAAGAGUGGCUGAUGGGCGAUGCAAAAAGGGCUGAAGCAUAUUCACGUCAACGCGUGUAAUUCGUAUAGACAAACGGAUGAACGGCUGAAAGCGUAUCAAAAAUGCUAUAUAAGCCCUUCAGAACAGGGCAAGAAAAAUACUUUUCUUCUCUCUUUUGUGAUCCAGUCUAGAUAGAAGAGACGCCAGAUUUCGAAGCUCCGAAUUAGACAUGUCGACUCAUCACACUAACCAGAUACACGAUCAUUCCCCUUCUUCUCCUUCCAAUCAACCCGUGCUGGAAGAAGGUGAGGAUGAAUAUCGUCCACUUCCACAUGCCUGGUCUGGUGCCACGCUCUAUGAGCCAUACACAUUGUCUCGCGACAAGCUCAAGAAUGUCAACAGUGUCGAGUUCUGUUCCCAGGUUAAUGAGCGCGAGUCUGAGGAAAGUGGCGAAGUGCAAGGUAAUGUUGGUCUGACUCGCGAGGUCCCCAAUUCUGUUUUCGUUGAGCCACAAGAGGACUACAUCCCUUACUCAUCUGGCAAGGGUCCUAACAAGAGGUCAGAUCUACCUCACCUGUACUAUGAUAGCCCUUGGCCUGAGAGUGCGAAUGACAGUAGUCCAGGUCCUGCUCAUAAUGCAAGGGAUGGUGAUCAAAAUGAGAAACUGGGUGGUCUCAAUGCCUCGACAAUCCCUAACUUUUCUUCUUCUGGCAAUGCGUCUUUACCCCCCCUCACGUCAAGCCAAAGUUAUCUCCAAUCUCGCUCUUCAUUCUUCAGAUUGGUCUUCCUUCUCACUACUUGUGCUACUCAGCUCAUCGUCCAAGCACAGCUGGGUAUGGUCAUGAUGCCGCUUCAUGCGACCGCCGAAUGGUUAGGGAAGGCUAACAAUAGCGGGGAGAUGAGCUGGAUGGCUGCUAGUUAUGGUUUAACGGUGGGAAUGUUUCUGGUCAUGGCCGGCCGUCUGGGAGACAUCUAUGGCCCUCGACUGAUAUGGGCUGUGGGAUGUACCUUCAUGAUUGUCUGCAAUAUCGGAAGCGGGUUCGCGACAACUGCAAUAGGAUUCGACAUUGCUCGCGCAGUGGCAGGAAUAGGCUCUGCUCUGGCUUUACCGAACGCUCUCGCCAUUCUAGGUCGCACCUAUCCACCAGGGCAAACGCGCAAUAUGGUAUUCUCUAUCCUCGGUGCUCUUGCGCCAGUUGGGUUCUGGAUUGGCGGCGUGUUAGGUGGACUUUUUGCACAGUUUGCGCAUAUCAAAUGGGUCUGGUGGUUCACGGCUAUACUCACUGCCUUGUUCCUUGGUGUCGGUUUCUAUGUCUUACCACCUGACUCUCUCUGUCCAUCCGUGUCCAAACCCCACUUUGACACCGUCGGUGCUAUUCUCCUCUCUCUCACAUUAGGUCUCUUCAAUUUCGUCUGGAACCAAGCACCGCUCGUCUCAUGGUCUGCGGCCUACAUCCCUGCCAUGCUUGGGGUUUCUUUGAUCUUUGGGGGUAUCUUUGUCUGGUGGGAAAGAAGAGUUGGCAAAGGAGCGCUGAUCCCGAUGGAAGUGUUGAGCAAGCAAAGUUUAUUGGUGUAUUUGAGUCUGUGGCUUGGGUGGAUGAGCUACGGUACUUUCUUGCUUUAUACCAUGUUCUUUAUCUAUGGUAUCAGAGGAUAUACCGAGCCUCUUACUAUGGCAUUUCAACUUGCGCCCCUCUUGCCAGCAGGAGUAAUUGCCGCCCUCAUCGUCCCUCUUCUCAUCCGCCAUCUUCCAAACCAUUUCAUCUUUCUUCUCUCAAUGUUUGCAUUCAUUGCGUGCAAUAUCAUAGCAGCCACGGCUUCUUCAAGUACUGCGAACGGGGAAUAUUGGAAGGGUACUUUCUGGAGUUUGAUCAUAGGUACUUUCGGACCAGACUUGAGCUUCAGCACGGGGCAAUUGAUCGUCAGUAACUCGGUAAGCCAUGAGUUUCAAGGCAUAGCGGCGGGCGUGGUGAGCAUGAUCACCAAUUAUUCUAUUGCCAUUGGGCUAGGUUUGACGGGGACUCUUGAAUACUAUAUUCGAGGCUCCGGAGACACGAUAGACGACGUGCUCAGAGGUUAUCGAGCUUCCUUCUGGUUCGCUACCGGGUUGGCCGGUAUUGCGGGGAUAGUGGUAGCAUUGUUUGUGAGGGUGCCAAAGCAAACUGGCGGAUUGCAAGUUAUCCACCCUGUGUGAUAGACUAUUUAUAGCAUUUUAUAAUCCGGUAGAAUGGUGUGAAAGUAACCAUUGAUAUUGAGUCGUACAUAUUUGGGGGAUGUGAUAAUUAUGCAG